CCCCCGUCUCUUCAAUCUAAAUACUUCGCCAAUCGCCGUCGUCUUCAGUCGCCGUCUCCCAAUCGUCAUCGUCUUCAAUCUCUGGCCGUGGCCUCACCGGCGUCGCCAAUCAUCUCAACCUCACCGGCGAGGCGGUGUGGUCGCUAUUGCUCGGAGCUCGAGCGCGCUCGCCCCCUCGUUGCAGGUCGAGCUCGAGAUAGUUCUGUGUGCUUAUAGGCCUUGCUAUACAGCGGAAUUAGUGUUCGGAUUUGUUUUCCCGUUCCCUUCCUGCGACCACCUUAAAAACCCUAAACCCUACCCUGGCUUGCAACACUGACAGAGAUCUCCAGUAAGGUGAGCCAUGGGGGUUUCUGAGGAUCAAAGCCAGCCACACAAAUCCCACAGGUCUCACAAGUCGGGUGCCAAGGUAAAGAAGAAUAAGAAGAAUAAGGAGGCCGCCAGUGGUGACAAGAAGCAAAAUCCCAAGGCGUUUGCUUUCAAUUCAUCAGUAAAAGCAAAAAGACUGCAAUCACGAACAGCAGAGAGAGAACAACGCAGGCUUCAUGUUCCAACAAUAGACCGGUCUAUUGGGGAACCAGCGCCUUUUGUUGUUGUCGUGCAUGGACCGCCUAAAGUUGGGAAGUCUCUUCUGAUCAAAUGUCUUGUAAAGCAUUACACUAAACACAACUUAUCUGAAGUUCGUGGUCCAAUCACAGUCGUAUCAGGGAAACAAAGGAGGGUGCAGUUUGUGGAAUGCCCAAAUGAUAUUAAUGGUAUGAUAGAUGCUGCAAAGUUUGCCGAUCUUGCUUUGCUACUUGUUGAUGGAAGUUAUGGUUUUGAAAUGGAAACCUUUGAGUUCCUUAACAUUUUACAAAUCCAUGGGCUCCCGCCUGUUAUGGGAGUUCUUACACAUCUUGACAAGUUCAAGGAUGUUAAGAAACUCAGAAAAACCAAGCAACGUCUUAAGCAUCGGUUUUGGGGUGAAGUAAAGCAAGGAGCAAAAUUGUUCUAUUUAUCUGGUCUAAUUCAUGGAAAAUAUGCUAAACGCGAAAUUCAUAAUCUUGCAAGAUUCAUCUCAGUAAUGAAAUUUCAUCCUUUAUCUUGGCGUGUUGCACAUCCUUAUAUUGUUGUAGAUCGUUUUGAAGAUGUUACUCCUCCUGGAAGAGUGCAUGAAAACAGGAAAUGCAAUAGAAAUAUCACAUUAUAUGGUUAUCUACGCGGCUGCAAUUUGAAGAGGGCCAGCAAGGUACAUAUUGCUGGUGUAGGUGAUUAUGCAUUAGCUGGGGUGACCAGUUUGCCUGAUCCCUGCCCUUUGCCAUCAGCAGCUAAAAAGAAGGGACUAAGGGACAAGGAAAAACUUUUCUAUGCACCAAUGUCUGGUCUUGGUGAUCUUCUUUAUGACAAGGAUGCUGUUUACAUUAACAUAAAUGAUCAUCUUGUUCAGUUCUCAAAAGUUGAUGAUGAAAAUGGGGCUGUCAUGAAAAAAGGAAACGAUCGCGAUGUAGGUGUAGAUUUGGUAAAAACACUCCAGAAUACGAAGUACUCAAUUGAUGAAAAGUUGGAACAGAGUUUCAUUAAUUUUUUUAGUAGGAGACCCCCUACAUGGUUAGAAAAUGAUGUUGAUGAAAAGGAUGAUAAAUUAAAGGAAAAUGAUAACGGCAAUCUAAACAUCUCCAGUAAUGAGGAUGAUGAAGAUUUGAAUCAGGUGCAAUCCAUGGGAUCAGAAAAGUCUACGGUAAAAAUACUUGGAAAGGAGAGUGAUUCUGAUUAUUCAGAUGAAGGAGAGGAGUGUGAUGAUGAGCGACCCCCAGCCUUAAGCUGUGAUUUGAAGGAAGAGGUUGAGUUUCACAAUGGAAGGAUUAGGAGAAAAGCUAUAUCAUCAAAUUCUCAAGAUCAUAAUUCCUUGGAGGAAUCUGAUGGUGAUGGUGAUGGUGAUGAAGAAGAUUAUGAUGAUGGAGAUGGUGAUGGUGAUAAAGAAGACUAUGAUGAUGGUAGUGAUGAUAAUAACUCAGAUGUUGGUUCAGAGUCUUCAGAUGGUGGGAUCGAGCACAAUGCAAAAUGGAAAGAGUCAUUAAUUGCCAGAACAAUAUCAAGGCGAAAUAGUAAUCUAAUGCAGCUUGUGUAUGGACCAACCUCUGAAUCGGCAGUUGCCGAGGAAGAACAAAAUAGCAGUGAGAGUGAAGCUAGCGAUGAUGAAAACUUUUUCAAGCCAAAAGGAGAGAGAGAGAAGAAGUUGAAUCACAAAUCAGGCUCACAUGUCAAUCUCGAAGACUGUUCAAAAUUUAUUAAUAUACAGUUGAAAGAUUGGUCAAAUGAAGACCUUAUCAGAAGUAUUCGUGACCGUUUUAUCACUGGAGACUGGUCGAAGGCUGCUCAAAGAGGUCAGAUGGAAGAUGGAGACAAUGAUGAAUCUGUUUAUGGUGAUUUUGAAGACUUAGAAACUGGAGAAGUGUACAAGAGCAAGCCUACUGAUGAUAUGGAAGGGAAUGAAUGCAUUUUGAAGGAGGAUACUACGGAAAAUGAGGAUCGAAGACUUAAGAAGUUAGCUCUUCGGGCAAAGUUUGAUUCUCAAUAUGAUGGAUCCGAACUAUCAGACGAGGAAGCUGAUGGAGGAAAGAAGAAAAAAUAUCAUCAAAGUCAGGCCAAUGAGGGUGGAUAUUUUGACAAAUUGAAAGAAGAGAUAGAACUUCGUAAGCAAAUGAACUUAUCAGAGCUCAAUGAUCUAGAUGAUGCUACUCGAGUAGAGGUGGAAGGCUUCAGAACUGGGUCUUACCUUAGGUUAGAGGUUCAUGAUGUUCCAUUUGAGAUGGUUGAGUAUUUUGAUCCAUGCCAUCCAUUACUGGCUGGAGGCAUUGGUCUUGGGGAAGAAAAUGUUGGAUACAUGCAGGUUCGAAUGAAGCGUCAUAGGUGGCACAAGAAAGUACUGAAGACCCGGGAUCCAAUCAUAGUUUCAGUUGGCUGGAGGCGGUACCAGACAAUUCCUGUUUAUGCAAUUGAAGAUAUAAAUGGACGUCACCGCAUGCUAAAGUAUACUCCUGAACACAUGCAUUGCCUUGCAAUGCUGUGGGGACCUCUUGCUCCUCCUAAGACUGGAAUGCUUGCUGUUCAAAAUCUAUCCAAUAAUCAAUCAGCAUUUCGAAUUACAGCAACAGGUUCAGUAUUAGAGUUCAAUCAUGCUGUUCGAAUAGUGAAGAAGAUCAAGCUAGUUGGUCAUCCAUGCAAAAUCUUCAAAAAGACAGCCCUGAUCAGGGACAUGUUUACAUCAGAUCUUGAGAUUGCCAGGUUUGAAGGUGCUGCUGUCAGGACUGUGAGUGGAAUUCGUGGGCAGGUUAAGAAGGCGGCUAAAGCUGAAAUAGGUAAUAAGUCCCUGAAAGGAGGGAAUGUGAAAGAAGGGAUUGCAAGAUGCACAUUUGAGGACAGGAUUCUGAUGAGUGAUAUUGUGUUCUUACGUGCUUGGACACAAGUAGACAUACCACGUUUCUAUAACCCUGUUGCCACAGCAUUGCAACCUCGUGAUCAGACAUGGAAAGGCAUGAGAACUGUAGCGGAGCUGAGGAUAGAGAAGAAUAUUCCGAUUCCAUUCAACAAAGAUUCUGUGUACAAGCCUGUUGAGCGGAAGCCAAGAAAAUUCAAUCCAUUGGUAAUACCACGGAAACUGCAAGCAGAGCUACCAUUUGCUUCUAAGCCAAAGGACAGGCCAGCUCAAAAGAGACCACUUCUUGAAAACCGACGAGCUGUGGUCAUGGAGCCUCAUGAGCGAAAAGUUCAUGCUCUUGUUCAGCAGCUACAGUUGAUUAAAAAUGAGAAGAUGAAGAAACGGAAGCUGAAAGAACAAGAAAAACGGAAAGCUUACGAAGCAGAGAAAGCAAAAAAUGAGCAGGUAAUGAAGAAGAGGAAGAGAGAAGAACGGCGUGAACGCUAUAGAGAGGAAGAUAAACAAAUGAGAAGGAUCAAAAGAAAAACAGGAGUUUAACAACAGGUUCUUGAGCAAAUUUUGUAUGAAAUAGUCGAGGUUCAAACUCACAGGCUUAUAAACCUGAAGAUCAUGGCAUAGAACGUUAAGUUUAUCACAUUCGGAUUGUACUAUAGAGUUGGUCCUGAGUAGGCUGUAGGAUGAUGCUGUUGUAGUGCUAGGCGUAUGUCCAAUUUUGGUCCCAGACAAGAUGAGUCUGUCUUUGAUUUUUCAUGGCAAGAGUAUGCAUUUAAAUUAACAUUUCCUUGAUUUUGUGCAA